AUGAACAUUGUAGUUGAGGCAGUGUGUGAGGCUGCGAUGGCUGCUGCUAGGGCUGUUGAGCAUCUCGGAGUGAGAAAUGAAAACCGAAAUAAAAACGGUGAGGAUAAUGGAAACAACGAGGCUGAUUCAACGCAUCUUGAUAAACCCAUGACCCUUGCUACUUUUUUGAAAGUAAAUCCAUCUAAGUUCAAAGGUACACUCGUUACGACUGAUGCUGACAACUGGUUCCGAGGUAUCGAGCGAUCACUACGAGCACAGCAUGUUCCGGAAGGUCAACACGUGGAGUUCGCUACUUAUAUACUGGAAGGAGAAGCUGAGCAUUGGUGGCAGGGGAUACAGCAACUGUUGCAACAAGAUGAAGGUGAUAUCCCUUGGGAUACUUUUAAGGAUGAAUUUUAUAAGAAGUAUUUUCCGAGGGCAGCUCGUGAUGCUAAGGAGAUGGAACUUAUGCAACUGAAACAGGGUAACACAACUGUUGCAGAAUAUGCCCGUAAGUUUGAUGACUUGUGCCGUUUCUCCAAGAUUUGUCAAGGGAAUCCUACUGACUUUGAAGAAUGGAAGUGUUUGAAGUUCGAAGGGGACCUUCGUGAGGAUCUAAUGAGUUUAGUAGUUCCAUUAGAGAUAUGA